AUGUCGGAUCAGAAGGAUCCUGGGAUCAAGCUCUUCGGCCGGGUGAUCCCGUUGGGGCCGGAACCCGCGCCGGGAACCACGGAAGCGGAGGACCUGCCGCCCCGCCACGACCAGCCUCCGGAUGAGCUGCUGCAGCCACGGGCGCCGGAGGUUGCGGCGGCGGCGGAUGAGGAUCAACACAAUGAGAAAGAAGAGAAACAUGCUAAUGAAAUGGUUGACGUGCCACAAGAGAAGGGUAAAGAAAUCAAGGUUGACACACCACAAGAGAAGGAUAACGAAAUGAAGGUUGAUGUGCCACAAAAGGAACAUGAUGAUGAAAUGAAAAUUGAUGCACAACAAGAGAAAAAAGAUGAACAAAUGGAAGUCAAUGCAUCACAAAUGCAUGAAAAUAUCGAACCAGCCAAUUUACCUCCCUCAGAGCAUAAGAAACAAGACGAGGGCCCGAUGAACAGUACUGAAGAUAAAGCAGCAUCAGAUCCAAAGGGGGAGAAUGAGAAGACAUCAAAUGAGGAAUCAGUCCAGGACAAGGCACUUAAGAAGCCAGAUAAGAUUCUACCUUGUCCUCGGUGCAACAGCAUUGAUACAAAGUUCUGCUAUUACAACAACUACAAUGUUAAUCAACCAAGGCACUUCUGUAAGAAUUGCCAGCGGUACUGGACUGCAGGGGGCACUAUGAGGAAUGUACCUGUUGGUGCUGGGCGGCGCAAAAGUAAGAAUGCAUCAUUGCACUACCGUCAAUUACUGAUGGCCCCUGAUUGUAUGCUGGGGUCUAGAGUGGACAUAUCAAAGUCAGUGCUCCCUGAUGCUCUUGUAUCUCCACCUGCCCCGAUACAGCCAACCAGUCGAAAUGAAACAGUUCUAAAAUUUGGGCCUGAGGUGCCACUUUGUGAAUCAAUGGUGUCAGUACUGAACAUUGAUGAGCAGAAUGUAAACAACCCUGGAUCAGCACCAAGAGGUGAAAAUAGGGAAGAUAACCCUGGAUCUGGCACAUCAUACAAUGGUGUGCCUGAAAACAUGGUUCACAUCGAUAAGAACGGAGCACCAGUUCAUUGUAACGGAGUUGCCCCAGUGCCUCAAUAUUACCUUGGAACCCCUUUCAUGUACCCUUGGAAUGUAGGAUGGAACAAUCUCCCUGUGAUGGUGCCAGGCAAAAGUAUGCCCGAAUCUGCUUCUGCUUCAGAGAGCUGCAGUACUAGUUCAGCUCAAUGGAUGAACUCUCCAAUGAUGCCAGCCUCAAGACUUCCUAGUCCAGCAUUUCCAUACCCACUUGUGCCACCUGCGCUUUGGGGCUGUUUGUCUGGAUGGCCAGCCACGACUUGGAACAUACCAUGGAUCAGAACUAACGGUUGCAUGUCCCCGUCGUCAUCAAGCAACAGCAGCUGCUCGGGCAAUGGGUCUCCUACUCUGGGUAAACAUUCCAGGGACUCUAAUCCACUGAAAGAGAAGAGAGAGAAAUCACUGUGGGUUCCCAAGACACUACGGAUCGAUGAUCCUGAUGAAGCUGCAAAGAGUUCAAUAUGGGCCACCCUUGGCAUCAAACCCGGAGACCCUGGCACUUUCAAGCCUUUCCAGUCCAAGGUCGAGAGCAAGGACAGAGAUCAGAUGCUGCUCAGGUUUUUCAGGCGAAUCCAGCAGCAUUAUCACGCUCGCAAUCGUUCCAGGAGAGCUCUUGACUUCAUACCUACAGUCUAUCUUAUAGUUUUGGUACUGUAA